AUGAUAAAUAAAAGCGAUACUAUGUCAACAUUAGUGGCUGUUGAACAAUAUAUGUCAAUAUAUGGUCCCUUUAUUUUAACUACACUUGGAAUAAUUGGUAAUGUACUUUCUAUUUUGAUAUUUUUAUCACCACGAUAUCGUCGACAAUCAUCUCAUUUUUAUCUAUUAUCCCUUGCUUUAUCUGAUCUUUGUUUUCUUAUUAUAAAUCUUCUUGAAGAUACAUUGCGUAAUCAUAAUCAAGUAUAUCAAUCACAUAUAAAUUUUCUUGAUCGUAGUCCAUCUUUUAUAUGUAUAUUUGCUCAAUAUGUAAGAAAUGAAACACGAUUAUUAUCAUCAUGGAUUAUUGUUUCAUUUACAAUUGAACGUCUUCUUGUUGUAUUUCAUCCAUUAAAACGUGGUAUUAUAUGUCGUCGAAAAAUUGCACGUUGUGUUGUUUUCAUUCUUUUCAUAAUAACUAUGGUAUGUAAUAUAAAUGUUCCAUUUCAUUAUGGAAUAAUUAAUUUACCCAACGAUUUACAAAAUGAUACAAUCUGUGAUAUAUUACCAAAAUUUCGUCCAAUCUAUAUGAGAUUUGCUAUAACAACCAUGAUCACUGUUUAUUUAUUACCAAUGUGUAUUAUUGGAUUUGUUAAUAUGCUUAUUUGUUGUAGACUUUGGAGAAAUAGUUUAUUAAUGCAAAAAUCUGAGAGUACUAAAGUAAAAGAAGAAAGACGUUCAUCUUAUAUUGCCGAAAUUUUAUCAUGUAUACAUUCAUCAUCAAAAUCACCAGCAUCAUCAUCUUUUGUAGCACAAACACGACAAUCAAGUCGUAGUUCAUCACCAAUUCAAUAUCAAUCAAAUGGAAAAUUAUUGAAUAAUAAUAAAAGAUUAUUACAGGUUGAUGGUUUCUUAGAUAUUGAAACAAUUCGAUCUCGAUCUCGAUCACCAUCACAUUCUUUAUCGAAUUACUCUGUAAAUUUUCCUAGUCAAUCAAAUACAGUAAAAACUCAAAUUCAAUCACGAACACAUCGUGUAACAGCAACAUUAUUACUUGUAUCUUGUUCAUUUCUCUUAUUAAAUAGUCCAUAUUGUGCAGUAUGGAUUGCUAAUUAUGUUCAUGAUUUUACUAAUAUAACAUUAAAAUCAGUUAAAGAAAUAACAGAAUUAUUUAUGUUAACAAAUUUUUGUAUUAAUUUUCUUUUAUAUUGUGUUAGUGGAAAAAUUUUUCGUAAUGAACUUAUUUAUUUACUUCGUUGUCAUUGGAAAGAAUUAUAUGAUAGAAAUGAAUGUGAACGUAUAGUACAAAGAAAACCUCGGCAAAAACUUGAAAUUCAAUUAAAUGACACGAAAUUAAAACCACAAUAUUGUUCUCUUGUUCGAAAUAAUCAACAACACCAUGCAACAACAUCUUCAUCAACAAACUCUAAGCACUUAGUUAUACAUAAAUCAUCACGAUGA